UUCUCAUUGCAAUAAUUUUCUGCCACGACUCCGUCUUCCUCCCGCCUCUGAUGUUAAAAUGUGGUCUGACGUGAAUGACUGGGUACAGUCUGCUGUUGUCCCAAAUGUUUUGGAAGCAGUUGGUGUUGAAUCUAAAUAUCAAGUCAUACGCGAACGUCUGUAUUAUGGUCUGAAAUCACGCUUUGGAUGCCACCGUUCUUCUACUCGUAAGCGCAAACGGAAACCUGCCAACAAUCAAGCUCAACUGGAUGCUCUGAGGUCUACUAAGAAUGAAGUUAGACGCAAAUUUCAUCAAGCCAAACGACAAGGGGCGUCUCUAGCAGAAUUGACAUCAUUUGCUCGUCAAUUUCACCAACUAAUUAGACGUCAUAGUAAACUGAAAGCUGUCAUGAAUAAACGGGAUCUCAAGUCUUCUGCUAGAAAUGCUAAUAAACGCUGUUCAACCAACUUUUGGAAGUUCUCUAAGGAUUUGUUCUCUGAUGACUCUGACACCUCUAACGUCCUGCCACAGUUUUCUGCUGAUGAAGCCUAUACUUUCUUCCAGUCUACUUACUCCAAACAGUCUCUUCCUCCCCCUCCUGUGCUUCCUUCUGGUGUGUCUUCUCCUCAACCUCCUUCUCAUGACUUUGAUAUUCGUCCAUUUUCAACUUCUGAGAUUCUUAAGAAAAUCAAAUCCACUCGAAAUUCUGCAGCUCCGAGUCCUCUGGAUGGGUUAUCCUAUCUUGUAUUCAAGAUGUGUCCUUCUCUACUGCCUGCACUGCUGGAUCUAUUUAAUUGUUGCUGGCUUUCUGCCUCCAUCCCACAACUUUGGAAAACUGGUGUCAUACGUCUCUUUGCCAAGCCUGCUGCAUCCAAAGAUCCCCACGAUCCUUCUUUAUUUAGACCUAUUGCCUUAACACCGUGUAUUGGUAAGAUAUACACCUCUAUGCUCAAGGAUCGAUGGUGCCAAUUUAUGUUGGAAAAUAAAUUCUUCGAUACAUCAAUUCAGAAAGCUUUUCUCCCUGGUAUAUGUGGUACAGAGGAACAUCAGUACAAGCUAAGGUCAGCUAUUGCUGAUGCUAAAAGAAGUCGACACACCUUAUCAAUAUGUUGGCUUGACUUUGCCAAUGCCUAUGGUUCUGUCCCACAUUGGCUCAUUUUACAAUGCUUUAGACUCUAUCAUGCUCCAGACCAUCUACUGUCCGUCAUCACCAACAUAUAUUCAAACCUUCAGCUACAAGUUUCCACUGUGAAGUGGGCAACAUCCAUGUUGCCCUGCAAUAUUGGAGUGCUCCAAGGUGACCCGUUUUCGGUCAUUGUUUUUAACACCGUCAUAAACACACUCGUUAUGAUGUUGAAGACUCAGCCUUUUGGUUACACGCUUAGUGGUUCAUCUCACAAGAUCAAUGCUCUUCUGUUCGCUGAUGACGUUACCCUAGUAUCAAAGUCGCCUUCUGGUUUACAGCGUUUAUGUAAUAUUGUGUCUGACUGGUGCCAGUGGUCCCAACUGACCAUUAAAAUGUCCAAAUGCAGCUGUUUAGGUCUGAGUUUUAAACCCAAAUUCCAUCUUUGUGAUCCUUCUGUUUCAAUUUCUAAUGAGUCUGUUCCCUUUCUUGGUUCUGAGUCAUUCAUUUUCCUUGGAAUGCCAAUCAAUGGAAACUUGUCCGAUGAUAAUUUCAAAUCUUCUCUAAUAAGCAAGGCAAAGACUUUGAUGCAGAAAUUAGAUAAUUGCCCUGUUAGUUGUCGGUGGAAACUAAAAUUAUACCAAAAUGGAAUCUUCCCAAGAUUGUCGUGGUACCUGUCUCUACUUUCUCUUUCACCAAGCUGGCUGCAAUCUGAAUUAGAUAGAAUUGUUACAUCUUACCUCAAGAAAUGGUGUAAACUUCGUCGCUCGGCCUGUACUGCCAUCUUCUACCUCCUCCCACAAAAUGCUGGUCUUGACUUACCCCGUUUGUCUACGUCUUCCAUCUCCCUCCAGUCUUCAAAAUCUGCCCGUCUCUUAUCCUCACAUGACAACUGUGUCCGCUCUUUGGCCACCAGUCAAGCAUAUAAUAAAUCGUAUAGCAACAGAUUCUCUGCUUUUAGAGAAGCAGCAAAGUCACUAUCUGAAACACCAGGUGCUUCUGCAGCAAAAUUGAGUGACAUCACCAAAUCAAGACUAAAGGAGGAACACCAAAAACAACUUCUUGCAAGAACUAAGAAUCUACAUGUUCAGGGAUCCAUCUUCCGUCUAGAGAACUGUUCAUCUGACGUCUGGGCAAAUGUUGUCUCUUGUCUUCUCGGUCAUCAACUCUCUUUUGUCCUCAAUGCCAUUUCUGAUACCCUCCCUUCAAAUGCUAAUCUUGUCCUAUGGAGUAAACGUUCUUGUGAUAAAUGUCCUCUAUGUCAUCAACGUCAAACCCUUCUUCACGUUCUCAAUAAUUGCUCAGUCCUCUUACAAUGUUGUCAUUACAAUCAACGUCACGACUCUGUUCUCAGUCUUCUCUAUAAUGCGGCUAUUAAUCAUCUACCACAUCAAUUCAACAUCUUUGCUGAUUUAAAAGACUGUGAAGUAAAAUUUCCAUCUGAAAUCAUUCCUACUGCACAAAGGCCUGACAUGUUGAUUUGGAAUAAUCAUACGCUCAAAUUUUAUGUCAUAGAACUAACAAUCCCUUUCGAAACAAACUUUUUUGAUGCAAAUAAAAGAAAAUCAGAACGGUAUACAGACUUCAUGAUGACCAUCAAAUCAAAAGGCUUCACCUGUAAGCAACUAAAUAUUCAAAUAGGAUCUAGAGGCUUUAUUGAUACUCCAAGUCUUCUCCCCUUCCUUGAUGUCAUCUCUAUUCCUCCUCACAAUCAACGUCAACUAUUAUCAUCAAUCGUAAAGGUGACAAUUGAAGAAUCUCUUAAAAUAUGGUUAGCCAGAAACAAUAUCUAG